AUGUCGUGCAAUGCACCUCUCGUGGCGACCCCCGCGGCCCCUUCUUCGAGGGGUGCUCCCCUUCCCCCCUCCUCCCCUCUGUCGCAUCUGCUGCUGCUGUCGACCUCCUUGGUGCUGAGAAGGUCGGGGCUGCGUCUGCUUCAGGCGGACGACGCAGGGGCAGGAGUGGCAGGAGUGGGGGUGGUGGCGGAGGAGGCGGAGGUGGAGGUGGUGGCGGUGGAGGUGCGACUGGAGAGGCUAGUGGCGGCAGUGGUGGAGGUGACAGCGGCGUUGGGAGUGGUGACAGGGGCGGAGGUGGCAGCGGAGGCGGAGGUGGUCGUGGCAGCGGCAGGGGUGGAGGUGGCCGGGGCGGAGGCGGAGGGGGUGGUGGUCGUGGAGGCCCGGGGGGCGGUCAGAGUCAGCAGCCUGCCCCGACCCUUCAGGCCGCCCGUGAGUGGUAUGCGCGGCGCAGCGUCACCUGCCAGUACGUUAUUCGUACAGUUUCCUGGUGGGGGUGAGCUGCCGCGCUGGGCUGAGCUGCUCAGGAAGGGUGUUGAUAUUUGGGCACUAGACUUUGAUGCUAUUCUCACUGCCAUGUAUGCGAUGUCUAUUAGUGGAGAGGGUGCUCAGUACUUGCGUGUUCCGCCCGACCCGGGCAUUCAGGCCAGCCCCGCUGCUGCUCUAGGUGCUAGUGUGUCUGCUUCCACAGGUACUACUGCAGCUGCUGCUCUAGGUGCUUGUGCGUCUGUGCCCCCUGGUACUGAGUCGACUGCAGCACUGCACACCUUCACACUGGACUCAGGUGCUUCUCGCUCUUUCUUUCGUGACCGCACUGUCCUUGAGCCUCUAGCUCGGCCGGUUGCUGUCUCUCUUGCUGACCCCUCUGGGGGUCCGGUCCUUGCGACCUCCUCCACCACCCUUCCGUGUCCAGCGGUUCCGUCCGGCACGCUCUCAGGUCUCUACCUCCCCUCGUUCUCCACGAACUUGGUGGCAGGUAGUGCGCUCCAGGACGGGGGUGUUCACCAGUUCACCCCUGCCUACGAGCGUGUGACUCACUGCACGUGUGCUCGGACGGGCCGCCACCUAGCUACUUUCACUCGAGAGCCGGGGUCUGACCUGUACACACUGACCACUGAGUCCCCUCAGGUAGCUGCGUCUGCGUCAGCGUCAGGUCAGCUGUCCGCCCCCUGCUCGUGUCGCUCUCUGGCGAACGACACCGUCCUCUGGCACCACCGCCUUGGUCACCCGUCUGUGCAGCGCCUGCGGGCCAUGCACAAACGGGACCUUGUUGCUGGUCUUCCCAGGGUGCUCCCUCCCCUUCCUGACUCCCCUGCUCCUGACUGCAUUCCCUGUGUCGAGGGGCGGCAGCGCGCCGCUCCUCACUCCUCCUCCUUUCCCCCGACGACUGCUCCCUUGCAGACGCUCCACAUGGACGUGUGGGGCCCAGCCCGCGUCCGUGGUCAGGGUCAGGAGAGGUACUUCCUGAUAGUUGUUGACGACUACUCGCGCUACACCACGGUCUUCCCCUUGCGUGCCAAGGGUGACGUCCCUGGUGUUUUGAUCCCCUGGAUCAGCCGAGCCCGUCUCCAGCUAGGCGAGCGCUUUCACUCGGACUUUCCUGUCCUGCGCUUGCACUCUGACAGAGGUGGUGAGUUUGCCUCCGACCUCUUGGCAGCCUACUGUGCUGAGCACGGCAUUGAGCAGUCGUACACGCUUCCGGCCUCUCCACAGCAGAAUGGGGUCGCUGAGCGCCGCAUUGGCUUGGUCAUGGAGGUCGCUCGUACCUCCCUGACCCAUGCGGCUGCUCCCCACUUUCUGUGGCCGUUUGCGGUCCGGUACGCAGCGCAUCAGCUCAACCUCUGGCCCCGUGUCUCCUUGCCGGAGACUUCCCCGACUCUACGGUGGACGGGAGAGGUUGGCGAUGCGUCGCGUUUCCGGGUCUGGGGAUCUCGAGCUUUUGUCCGCGACACGUCCGCGGACAAGCUCUCGCGUCGCGUUUUUCCCUGUGUCUUUCUUGGCUUUGUUCCUGACGCGCCUGGAUGGCAGUUUUACCACGUCACCUCGCGCCGGGUUCUGGCCUCUCAGGACGUCACUUUUGACGAGUCCGUCCCCUUCUACCGCCUCUUCCCCUACCGCACUGCCCCGCUCCCCCCCCCGCCUCUCUUCCUCGCUCCAGGUGCUGAGGUACCAGACCCCCUCCCCCCUCAGGGUGCCGCUCCCUCAGGUGUGUCCCAGGUAGACCCGGGUGAGCCUGUCGAGGUAGCUGUUGACUCUCGUCCUGCUAGGGGUGCUGAGCCUGGGGGUGCUGCGUCUGGGGGUGCUGAGCCUGGGGGUGCUGGGUCUGGGGGUGCUGAGCCUGGGAGUGCUGAGUCUGGGGGUGCGGAGCCUGGGGGUGCUGAGCCUGGAGGUGCGGAGCCUGGGGGUGCUGAGCCUGGAGGUGCGGAGCCUGGGGGUGCUGAGCCUGGAGGUGCGGAGCCUGGAGGUGCGGAGCCUGGAGGUGCUGAGUCUGGGGGUGCUGAGUCUGGGGGUGCUGAGCCUGAGCGUGCUCCACCUGGAGGAGCCCUCUCCUCCCAGCAGCUGCAGGAGAGGUACCUCGAGUACUGCCGCCUCCGGAGAGGUGCUUCUGGAGCUCGUCCCGGUACUUCCCCUCCUACCCAGGAGCUCCCCCCCAUUCAGGUGAUCCGCGAGUGGUACACGCGGCGCUGCAGUCUUCGUAGUGGUGCUCCUGGUGCUGCGGACCCGAGCGGUGGUGCUGUUGCUGGUGCUGAGGACCCGGACGCUGGAGCUGCUGCUGGUGCUGAGGACCCGGGGACUGGAGCUGCUGCUGGUGCUGAGGACCCGGGCGUUGGAGCUGCUGCUGGUGCUGAGGACCCGACCGGUGGCGCUGCUGCUGGUGCUGAGGACCUGACCAGUGGCCCUGCUGCUGGUGCUGAGGACCCGGGCGUUGGAGCUGCUGCUGGUGCUGAGGACCCGACCGGUGGCGCUGCUGCUGGUGCUGAGGACUCGGGCGUUGGAGCUCCUACUGGUGCUGAGGACCCGGGCGUUGGAGCUGCUGCUGGUGCUGAGGACUCAGGCGUUGGGGCUGCCACUGGUGUCCCUGCUGCUUCUGGAGACGCUGCGCGGCCGCGACCGUACUUCGUACCGCUCCUUCAGCAGGUUCUUGGUCAGGCUCCUCCUCCUAGUCCUCCUCCCUCCGUCGAGUGUCCUCUGCCUGUCCAGCUGCAGUCACAGUUACCGCCUGCCUCGCCUCUCCCUGCUCCCUCUCCUUACGCUGGUCCCACAGGAGGUCUUACAGAGCAUCGUGAGCCUGAGUCUCGUCCUGCGUCGCCUGUUCGUACUGCUCGCACUGGUCGUCGUGUCCCACGUGAGCGUCCUCCUCCUGUCCCUGGCACUCACUACAUGACUCUACGUCCCUCCACUGCUCCGCAGCGUGUCCCGCUGCCGUCUCCUCCUGCGUCCUCUCUUCCUACUCUUCCUGACCCGGAGUCUGACUCCCGUCGUGCUGCCAGUCCCACUGUUACGCGUCUCCUCGCUACAGUUGUCACUGACCCGACCUUUGAGUCCUCUGCUGCGUCUGCUCUGGUCACUGAGUUGGUUGACUUUGCUGCUCGCUGUCGCCUAGACUACGCUGCCAGCCUUGUCGCUAGGUCUGAGUCUACGUCUGCCUGUCCUCCGUCCGUCGGGGGUGAGUGUGCCCUCGGCACGGACGUCCUUGAGGACAGACAGGAGGAGUUCCACUGCCUUGCUGCUGCUUUGCCCCGUCUCGUGUCCUUGCUAGUUGCCCCUGAGGGAGACCCGGAUGCACCAGACAUCCCGACCCCACGCUCUUACGCUGAGGCGAUGGCGGGUCCCUACUCCUCUCAGUGGCAGACAGCCAUGGACGCAGAGAUGGCCUCCUGGAAGUCCACAGGCACCUACGUAGACGAGGUUCCCCCUCCUGGGGCGAACAUCGUCAGUGGCAUGUGGAUUUUCAGGGUGAAGCGGCCGCCGGGUUCUCCUCCUGUCUUCAAGGCGCGCUACGUGGCUCGAGGCUUCAGUCAGCGAGAGGGAGUAGACUUCUUUCAGACCUUCUCCCCCACCCCGAAGAUGACUACUCUUCGGGUGCUGCUGCACAUAGCCGCUCACCGCGACUACGAGCUUCACUCUCUUGACUUCAGCACUGCUUUCUUGCAGGGCAGCCUGCACGAGGAGAUCUGGCUGCGCCGCCCCCCUGGCUUCACUGGGUCAGUUCCUCCUGGCACCCAGUGGAGGCUUCAGCGGCCUGUCUACGGUCUCCGCCAGGCGCCACGUGAGUGGCACGACACACUGAGGACGACACUUGCGGCUCUUGGGUUCGCUCCCUCUACUGCUGACCCGUCGCUGUUUCUACGCACUGACACCUCGCUGCCGCCGUUCUACAUCCUCGUGUACGUCGACGACUUGGUCUUUGCCACUGCUGACACCGCGGCACUCGCUCACGUGAAGUCGGAGCUGCAGAGGAGACACACGUGCACAGACCUGGGUGAGCUGACGAGCUAUCUUGGCUUGCGGAUCACCCGGGACAGAGCACGGCGCACCAUCACCCUGACUCAGUCACACAUGGUGCAGCAGGUUCUCCAGCGCUUCCGCUUCACGUACUCCUCGCCUCAGUCCACUCCUCUGCCUACCGGUCACUCGCUCUCAGCUCUGCCUUCGGAUGAGUCCGUAGAGCCGAGUGGCCCGUAUCCAGAGCUUGUGGGCUGCCUCAUGUACCUGAUGACCUGCACUCGACCUGACCUUGCAUACCCUCUUAGCAUCCUAGCACGCUAUGUCGCUCCUGGCCGUCACCGGAAGGAGCACAUGGAUGCUGCUAAGAGGGUAUUGCGCUACUUGUGCAGUACGUCGGGCAUGGGGCUUGUGCUUGGAGGGCGAGACCGGGUUGUUCUCACAGGGCACUCAGACGCUUCUUGGGCAGACGACCAGGCUACUCAGCGGUCGUCCCAGGGUUACACCUUCAGCCUUGGCUCUGGCUCAGUUUCUUGGCGUUCUACUCGCUCUUCUUCUGUUCUCAGCUCCAGUUGUGAGGCUGAGAUCUACGCCACAGCCAUGGCUGCUCAGGAGCUACGCUGGCUGACCUACCUGCUGACCGACCUCGGAGAGCGGCCUCGUUCUCCUCCAGUACUGUACGUCGACAACAAGGCUGCCAUUGCCUUGUGUGAGGAGCACAGACUGGAGCACAGAACGAAGCACAUCGCUCUGCGGUACUUCCUUGCUCGAGAGCUGCAGCAGCGUGGUCAGCUUUGUCUGCGUUACGUGGCCACGGAGGCCAACACUGCUGAUGUGUUCACCAAGGCGCUUCAGCCUUGUGACCAUCAGCGCUUCUGCACUCUGCUAGGCCUUGUACCCACUGGGCCUCACUUGCUUACCUCUUGA